UACCACAGCUGCAACAGCAACCGUAACAAAUUCAACACCUGCUACAACGGAGUGGAACACCACAGCAAUUGGAACAACACCAACAGUUGUAACAAAUUCAACACCUACUGCCACAACAUAUAUGAACACUACCACAGCUGCAACAGCAACUGUAACAAAUUCAACACCUGCUACAACGGAGUGGAACACCACAGCAAUUGGAACAACACCAACAGUUGUAACAAAUUCAACACCUGCUAAAACGGAGUGGAACACCACAGCAAUUGGAACAACACCAACAGUUGUAACAAAUUCAACACCUAUUGCCACAACAGAUAUGAACACUACCGCAGCUGCAACAGCAACUGUAACAAAUUUAACACCUGCUACAACGGAGUGGAACACCACAGCAAUUGGAACAACACCAACAGUUGUAACAAUUUCAACACCUGUUGCUACAACAGAUAGGAACACUACCACAACUUUAACAACAAUAAGAAGUUCAUCAACAGUUGUCUCAACUACUAAUAUGACCGGCCAAAAUACCACAAUUGGCUCAACAAUAUUAGAAGUUGCAUCCACAGGCCUUAUAUCAACUACUAGUAACACUGCUACUACCCAUGUCCCCAACACGCCGGUAACCACAUUUAAUACCACUACCCCAACCACGACCACUACCACGGCUGCUACCACUACCCCCACCACGACUACUACUACAACUACUACCAUUACCCCAUCCAAGAUUACUAGCACGGCUGCUACUGCUUCCUCCACCACUACCUUCACCACGACCAAUACUACAAUUACUACCAGUCCCACGGCUACUACCAUUAUCCACACACUUUGCUUCCCAAAGCUGCUCAAAGCUUAA